CAAUGUAACUUUGUGUUGAGUUUUAUAGCUGCUCAAUGUGAAGGAAUUUGUGAGGGAGUGCGAUAUUUGCGCCUUUCUUGGGGUGCAUUGGAUUUGUUUUAAUCAGGGAUUAACAAAGGAAUAUUUUAUCAUUUUGAAAUGUACAGGUCAGCAUAUCAUUCUGAUGGAUUCAGGCGGAGCUGAAAGGAGAAUGCAGAACAUUGUGCAAUAUGAAUCACCGCAGGUUCAAGUCUUUAUCAAGAGUGGACAUCAGUUUUUGGAAAAGGUUCGGACAUUCCUUGUAAAUGCUGUGAAGGAGGGAAAUCUCCAGCAAGAAAGAGCAAGUGCCCACUUCAAAGAGAUAUUGCAUAUAAUAUUAUUUUAUGGCCAGAUUCAUCAUCCUAAGAUUGAACCAGAAGAAAUUUUGCAGGAAAGUCAGGGAGUGUUCUCUAAGAAGUAUCCAGGUGUCUUUGAGAAGUGCAGAACCCACCUUCCAACACGUCCUCCUUUCACGGUACUACUUGAUGCGGUUGUUGAAGUUGUACAAGAAAGAAGGGAAGAAAAUGUUUUGAGAUGUUUAUUGCAGCAGAUAAAUGAAAUGGAUGUUACUAAUGCUAACAACACUCCAUGUGGAAAUAUUUUUGUAUCAACGGUUAUCAACUUCUGCUAUUUUUAUGAUAAGGUUGCCAAAAUGAGAACACCCAAUUAUUUUGGUGCUUCAGUGUCAUGUAAAGGAAGAAUACCAAGAGAAAUAAUGAUUGAUACAUUGUGUUACCGCACAUGGCACAAUGCAAUUAGCCGGGCAGUAUGUGUUGGCAAUGAAUAUAACAAACACGCUUUUGAAUUUCCUCCUGAAGUGCUCUCAAUGGCAUUUAAGAUAUACACUCUGGGACAAAGAACUGAGGGAAACCAACAAAUUGAUCGUAUUCUGGCUAGAUUUCGGAAUAGGCCAUUGCCCAGGGUUCUUCAAAUUGUCACAGAACUUAGAGAUUUUGGAUGCUUAGUUCCCAGGGCAGCUUGUGAAAGAUGCUCCACAAUGUUCCCAAACAUUCAGUUUCAUCCACACCCACGAGCUCAUCAAGCUGCUCGUUGGGAAUACGGAAACUGUGCAGAGUGUGAAUCACUAAGCCAGCUUCUGUAUUCUGAUGAGCAACUUGCCACGAGACUGCGAUGUAAAUCAUUUCAAAUUGGAUACGACGAAUUAAAACGUAGAAAAUAUAAACGACUUCGACAUAAUCUUCAACAAGUAAGGUUUCCUGUUGAGCCUGAAAUUUCCUUUUCCAAUAAUCAGCUAUGAAGUGAUCUAUUGUGCAAAGAUUCCAACAUUGAAAGCACAUUAGAACAGACCGUAUGUCAUAUUCCUGGUCAACCAACUAAUAAUUCAACUGUUUAUUUGCACUGUGGAGUAUUACACUAUAUAUAAUGAAUUCAAUUCAAUGGACAGAGAAUUCUAGGGAACAUAUUACUAGUUUUCAAAUUUGUGUUUCCCCCAUUUAAUCGUUUAUCUGGAAAGUGAUCCCAGUGCAGUAUAUCAAACCCUUUUAAAGGUUAAAGCACCUGACUUUCUCCAAGCCAAGAUGGGAAUGAAUGAUCAUUAAGCUUAUUGCAGUAUUAAUUAACGUGGCAUGACUUCUGCAGAAAUUUGAAAAUUAAACAAUUAAACAAUUCAAAUAAGCUCAUUCCUGUAAUCUAGUCAACUGUUUUAGAGUUAAUUGUAGUGCAGAAACUGGUCAUUGCAGAAUUAAAUAUUCCCCAAAUGCUGAUAAGAAUGCUGAAUGACCAAUCUAACUUAUUUCCCCCAUUUCCAUGAUAUCAUAACAUGCUGGCCCUCAACAUUAACAUACAUCCAGAACAUUGGCAAACAAAGCGGGGGAUGGUAUAUUCCAUUUAGAAUAUUUUAUAUUGAUUUGUCAGGUGAUCUUCUAACCCAUAUUUCUAGAAUUCCACAUCUUAUUCUGAUCACAAGAAAUUAAGAUGCUGAACAGUGGCACAGCAAUAAACUUUUAAUAUGUGUGUGAAUGAUCUCCCAUUAAACCUAAGACAAAUACAUACUGAAAUCAUCACCAUUUUAACUCCCCCUCCCAUUCCUCAGACAACAUAUCCAUCAGGGCCCUCCUGCAGUGCCACAAUGAUGCCACCCGCAGGUUGCAGGAACAGCAACUCAUAUUCCGCUUGGUCACCCUGCAGCCCAGUGGUAUCAAUGUGGACUUCACAAGCUUCAAAAUCUCCCCUUCCCCUACUGCUUCCCAAAACCAGCCCAGUUCUUCCCCUCCCCCCACUGCAUCACAAAACCAGCCCAGCUCGUCCCGGCCCCCACUGCAUCCCAAACCCAGCCCAGCCUGUCUCUGCUUCCCUAACCUGUUCUUCCUCUCACCCAACCCUUCCUCCCACCUGAAGCCGCAUCUCCAUUUCCUACCUACCACCUCAUCCCGCCUCCUUGACCUGUCCAUCUUCUCUGGACUGACCUUUCCCCUCCCUACCUCCCCACCUAUAUACUCCUCUCUACCUAUCUUGUUUUCUCUCCAUCUUCGGUCCGCCUCCCCCUCUCCCUAUUUAUUCCAGUUCCCUCUCCCCAUCCCCCUCUCUGAUGAAGGGUCUCGGCCCGAAAGGUCAGCUUUUGUGCUCCUGAGAUGCUGCUUGGCCUGCUGUGUUCAUCCAGCUCCACACUUUGUUAUCUUGGAUUCUCCAGCAUCUGCAGUUCCCAUUAUCACUGAAAUCAUCUUCCUGUUUGAAGUACAGAGCUUUACUCCUUUAUUAAGAACAUUGCAAAGGAGUAAAACUGUGCUUACAUAAGCUCACACCCAGAAAGAAAACUAUGCAUAGGCUAAGAUUUCAAACUACAUGUUUAGUUUAGGCUUGGCUGAUGUUUCAAAUAUUCAUUGUUGCAACAUUCUCUGACAAUAUCACAGUUAUAGACUGCCAGGUGACCUCCUGAAAAUACAUUGGCUAUCUUUUUCAAGUUAUUCCACCAAUAGAUAAGAUACAUAGCUUAUUAUUUGUCUUAGAGACUGCUGAAACAUUGGGGAAGGUUAAUCUAACAACUGUUUCUAUUUCUUGUUACUUCCAUUAAUUAGGAGGGACUUGUGAAAGACAAUUUGUUUCAAAUUCAAGCUGAGGAUAACCAACAAGUAGGUUUCCAUUAAUGGAAAACAAUGGGCUCACGAUCAAUGAAGUUACAUUUAAAGACUAAUUAGGUUUGUCUGGAGCCUGAUAAUUUUGGAACAAAAACAAAAAUUGCUGGAGAAACGAACUGGCUGCAUCUGUGGAGAGAAAGCAGAGUGAACAUUUUGAGUCCGCUGACCCUUCAUCAGAGCUGUUAUUAGUAUGAGUAAAAGAAAGAGGAAUUUUACUCCUUACUGACUCUGAGAAAUAUAAUAAGACAUGAUAUCAAAUAAGCACUCAAAAGAGUUAGAUUUUAACCUCAAACCACUAAUAUUUGAUUUGUAUCUUGCUACCUAUCCAUAUUUCUUCCUUUCCCCACUGUUACUGAAGUACCGUUUAUUUGUGUAUUCUCAUGGCUAGUUUUGUUGUUUUCCAACAAGUUCAUUUCAAUAAUUUUUCACUUUUGUGAAGGGAAGGCCGUGCCUCACAAACCUUAUUGAGUUCUUUGAGAAGGUGACCAAACAGGUAGAUGAGAGUAAACCAGUUGAUGUGGUGUAUAUGGAUUUCAGCAAGGCGUUUGAUAAGGUUCCCCACAGUAGGCUAUUGUACAAAAUGCGGAGGAAUGGAAUUGUGGGAGAUAUAGCAGUUUGGAUCGGAAAUUGGCCUGCUGAAAGAAGACAGAGGGUGGUAGUUGAUGGGAAAUGUUCAUCCCGGAGACCAGUUACUAAUGGUGUACUCCAGGGUCAGUGUUGGGUCCACUGCUGUUUGUCAUUUUUAUAAAUGACCUGGAUGAGGGCGUAGAAGGAUGGGUUAGUAAAUUUGCAGACGACACGAAGGUCGGUGGAGUUGUGGAUAGUGACAAAGGAUGCUGUAGGUUGCAGAGAGACAUAGAUAAGCUGCAGAGCUGGGCUGAGAGGUGGAAAAUGGAGUUUAAUGCAGACAAGUGUGAGGUGAUGCACUUUGGUAGGAGUAACCGGAAGGCAAAGUGCUGGGCUAGUGGUAAGAUUCUUAGUAGUGUAGAUGAGCAGAGAGAUCUCGGUGUCCAUGUACACAGAUCAUUGAAAGUUGCCACCCAGGUUGACAGGGCUGUUAAGAAGGCAUACAGUGUUUUAGCUUUUAUUAAUAGAGGGAUCGAGUUCCGGAACCAAGAGGUUAUGGUGAAGCUGUACAAAACUCUAGUGCGGCCGCACUUGGAGUAUUGUGUACAGUUCUGGUUACCGCAUUAUAAGAAGGAUGUGGAAACUUUGGAAAGGGUGCAGAGGAGAUUUACUGGGAUGUUGCCUGGUAUGGAGGGAAGAUCUUACGAGGAAAGGCUGAGGGACUUGAGGCUGUUUUCAUCAGAGAGAAGAAGCUUGAGAGGUGACUUAAUUGAGACAUAUAAAAUAAUCAGAGGGUUAGAUAGGGUGGAUAGGGAGAGCCUUUUUCCUAGGAUGGUGACGGCGAGCAUGAGGGGGCAUAGCUUUAAAUUGAGGGGUGAAAGAUAUAGGACAGAUGUCAGAGGUAGUUUCUUUACUCAGAGAGUAGUAAGGGAAUGGAACGCUUUGCCUGCAAUGGUAGUAGAUUCGCCAACUUUAGGUACAUUUAAGUCGUCAUUGGAUAAGCAUAUUGACGUACAUGGAAUAGUGUAGGUUAGAUGGGCUUGAGAUCGGUAUGACAGGUCGGCACAACAUCGAGGGCCGAAGGGCCUGUACUGUGCUGUAAUAUUCUAUGUUCUAUUUCCAAAUAUGUACCACUUACCAUCCACGUACACAUUGAAACGGGAGAUGUCAGUUUCUUGGCACAAGACUCAGUGACUGGUUCCAAAGUUGGUAAGAUAGUAAAUUCAGUUCUGACCAUUUUGUAUACUUUACAUUGGUUUCCUGAAUUUUCCUCAAUUUUGGUCGGGUAUUUGCUACAGCCAUUUUAGGUCAGUGCCUAUUGCUUUUAAAAAAUAUUUUACUCCAUGACAGGGUCUCAGGUAUUAAAAUCAAACGAUGGAAAUUGCAAGUAGACAGUCCAUUCUUGCCGUUGGCAUGACAACUUGAAAAUAAAUUCCCAGACUAGACUGUCACGUGGAAUACUACAGAGCUCCUAUGACUGGAUAGAGCUUGUUUUUUCUUUUAUGUAAAAUGUAUUUUUACAUUAACGUUGCUCACAUUUACCUCUCUCAUAGAACGAAAAACUACAAUGAGAUAGGCUGGCAUGGUAGCUUAGUGGUUAGCACUGCUGCCUCAGUGACAGGGACCUGAGUCUGAUUCCAGCCUCAGGCAACCAUCGGUAUCGAGUUUGCAUGUUCUCCCUUUGUCUGCAUGGAUAUCUGUGGGUGCUCCAGUUUCCUCCUACAGUUCAAAGAUGUGCAGGUUAGGUGGAUUGGCCAUGCUAAAUUAUCCAUAGUGUUCAGGGAGGUGGAGGUUAGCCAUCGGAAAUGCAGGAUUAGGGUAGCAGGUGGUUCUGGAUAGGAUGCAUUUUGGAGGGUUGCUGUGGACUUGUUGGGCUGCAUGGCAUGUUUCCACACUCAGGAUUCUGGAGAAAAAAAAGCUUUGCAGUAAACUUCAUAAUAAUGUGUUUUAGACCUUUUUCAGCAUAAGAUCUUUUUCACAUUGUCCUGCCAAAUGUUAUUACAUUGAAAUCAUUUCACUGUUAUAUUCCAAAAACAAAUGUUGCAUUCUGCACAAAUGCUUGACUUAAUCGCUCGCUUUUAACAACUAUCAAAAAACUUCGGAGAAUUUGCUGGGCAAGGCAGUUUUGCAUAAAAGAUAUUUUUUACCUGUGUUGACAGCAUCAGAUUUGUUGGAAUACGGUAAGGAAAUAAUUAUCUGAGCGUUGAAACCACAAGCAGUUUGUAGACAUCAGCUAAAUUGAAUGCUGUUGGAGACAGGAUAUCAACUGAAUUUUCCCAAAGCUUUCUGAAUUCAAUGCACUGUAAUUUUAUCAAAGUCAAUGCAAAUAAAUAUUAUGCAGAGGAAAUUCCAAUGUUCAGUG